AUGAAGUUUCCAACCGCGAAGGAUAUUUGGAAUUUUCUAAAGAUUGAGUAUGAAGGUGAUGAGAAGAUAAGAGGUAUGAAGGCUUUGAAUUUGAUACGAGAGUUCGAGAGACAACAAAUGAAGGAGAAUGAGGCUGUGAAGGAUUUUUCAGAUAGAUUGAUCAAUCUGGCUAACAGAAUCAGAGUUCUGGACACAGAUAUGAAGGACAACCGGAUCGUGCAAAAGAUUUUAGUGUCAUUGUCAGAAAGGUUUGAAGCUACGAUUGCCUCUCUGGAGAACACCAAGGAUCUGUCUGAUAUAAGGUUGGCGGAGUUGUUGAGUGCAUUAGAAGCUCAAGAACAAAGAAGGUUGAUGAGAAGGGAAGUUCCUGUAGAAGCCAUGAAAGGAGCCUUAUCAGCAAGGUCUUUGAGAGCUUCUGGAAGAGAAAAGAAGUCUUGGAACCAAUAG